AUGUAUCUCUCACAUGCCAAAGAAAAAGCUCACUCUCUUUCUUUCUCCACCCACUAUCGAUACAUCAGUACCUGCUUUCCCAUCCUGGUCCUGAUCCUUCCUCUCUUCCGAUACGCAGGUACACCAUCAUCAUCAUCAGACAAAUCGAGACUUUCGCCUACCCAGGUUUAUCAGCGCCCGCGUACAUGUAAAACGGUUGACGCGUGGACAGCGGCUACGGCUACGGUACCGCGUUUGAGAGAACCUUCUUCUUGGCCUUCUUUUGCGCUUCUAUUCGACGUCAGACCGAUACGGAGUCAUACCCCCGGAAAUUUCCCACAUUUUCCAACCGAUCGAACGGCAACAAAUUUGCCUGGAAGUCCUGAUAUAAAUGUAGCUUUGAGAACGAGAGCCUUAUGGUAUGCGACAAGAAUUCUCAUUCAUGUUCGUCGCAAGUACCGUAUGCUGUGGAGCCUGAGCACAGUGCUCGUCUACUUCCUGAGCUGUUUGGCCACGGUACCUGUCCCCGCAGCGCGCAGCGAUUCCAUUCCCAGCAUGCGACAGUGUCUAUCUCCCAAAUCCAACGCCAAAAACCCAAUCGUACACUCAUAAUUCAUCAUUCAGUGCAAAAAAGCUCUACGUGACAGAUCUGUGGGAGCUCUGUUCUACAUAUCCUUCUUAGGAUCAACCACGCUGUCCUUUUCGCCAUAGUUGCCCCAGAUCCAAUUCGACCAACCAGUACUCCCACGAGAGGGAGGUGGACGGCGUGUCUCCUCAUCGGGGCGAGGGCGGUAUGCAUCCGGAUCCGGCAUGGGCUCGUAUCCUAGAUCCUCGAACUCGGAUUCCGAUCGCGAUCGAUGCAUAUAGUCGGUCUCCAAAGCCUGAAGGUACGAUUUGCGGCUCGUCGGCGGGCGUGGUGUAGCAGAACGUGGCUGCGAUCCGGAAGCCGCAGCAUCUGCCGAGUUCAUAGCUUCGGUGUCAAAGGCCCGAAGAAGGGUUCUUAGAUUCUCGCGUUGCGUAUUGACAAAGUCCUCACGCUCUUCGCCUGCCAGAUUUGGGGGAAUGAGAGUGCCAGAAGCAGCCAGAUCGCGAGCUUGCGUGUCUGUCGUAUGCGCAUCUCCAUACGUGGUUUGUUGCAGAGCUUUCCCAAUUAGGCCAAAGAUAUCGCUUGUGCCAGCUGCAGCCAAUCCUUGACGCGCGGAUGGCAUGGCAAAGCGAUUGAAAAGUUGCGUGGUGUAGCUCACGUUCCGGCUGGGAGGUGGUGUUGGCGGCCUAGGCUGCAUGCCCAUGACGUUAACCUUCACAUACUCAACAACCUGUUUAGCUGCGUCCAAGCCAGCGGCCUUGGCCUUCGCGUGCGAGUCGCUGAUGAAGCGAUCAAUCUGUCUCUCAUGCUCUUCCAAGAAUGGGUGGAUGUGCUCUCUGUAGAUGAAAACGCAGCCCUGUUGGCCGGGCGCAACGAGAUAGAGAUGCACGCCGAGUCGGAUCCAGCUGUAGAAUGGGAUCCAGGACAGGAUGAAGUUGAACUGGUUUUCGACGACGAGGAAGAUGGACAGCGUGGUCCAGUACAUGAGCCAUGGUGAGAGCAGGCCUGGGUCGGAGGUACGGAGGGCUUUGUAGGAGAAGAAGACGGGCAGAAGGACGGAGAAGAUGGAGCUGGCGAAUGAUUAGCUUGAAAAUUGGCUGGAGUAU